GCAGAGGGGAGGCUCAGGCUAACGCAGAAGGUCUUUGCUCGGGAUGGUGAACUUUAUUAGAAGUGAUAGAAGACUGGUAAUAUUUAUGCUUAGGAUAAAAGGGACAUUAAGCAUAACUUACUGAUCUGCCUUUUUUUACUUUGAGGGCAUCGUGUUGCCGACUCGUUUUGAACCGCUUCGAAGGAACUUUAUCUUACGUUGGCAUUACUGCUCUGCGUAGAAAAAAGAGAACACCCACAUUUUCUCGCUUCAGAGUUUCGGUACAGAAACGUCGCCCGCGCAUGCUGUGUGACUUAAAAUGAGGCGAUGAAGAAAAGUUAACGGAGAGGUGGGGAAAAAAGAGUGAAUGGCACGACCACCCUCAGAUCUAAAUUCUGAAAGUGGCGCAGGGGAUGGUGGACCAUUGCAGCCCACCCAAGGAGCAGGUCGUCCUCUGAGUAGACCAGGUCCAAGGACCCAUUCUGAAGGUGAUCAAAGUGGUGAAGUGAGCCAACCCGCACCCAACAGCCUGCAGGGAGGACUUGCUAUGCCCCCCAGUCCCCAUCCUUAUGCCUCCAGGUUUCCAUUGUUUAGUUAUUUCUCAAGGUCAUCCAGUGGAUACUAUUCUUUUGAAUCUGGUUCAGUUUCCAGCUUGCCAUCAAUGACUGACAAAUUCACACAGACGCCAAGUCUUUCUAGUCAAGCAAUAAGACAUGCCCAGCAGUGGUUAGCUCAAGAAUACGAACAUUAUCAAGGCCAUGACAUGCCACAGGCUUCAUCUGGUCCUACCAGAGCUAGACGCUCCUCAAUGCCAGAAGAGAUGCGACCAGAAGAAAUGGUGGCUCAAGAACUGCGACGAAUUGGAGACGAUUUCAACUACCUAUAUUUUCAAAGGGUAGCCAGGGCCUAUCCAGGCAGCGUUUGGAGAAGGGCAGGAGCCAGCUGUGGACAGGGUUGGGCAUCGGUGGCAGGAACAAUGAAGCAGAAGCCAGUCGUCUUCGUUGGGUUAUUGUGUUUGUGUGGCGACUUUUUGAUAUUUUAACAAGAUGGCGCUAAAUGGAUUGUGUGGACAUUCUGAAACCCAGCAGCUUGGUAGCUUUGGUAUGGCUAGCUAUAUAAAUGUAUAUAUGUAGAUACAAAAUAUCCGAAUUUUUUGAUUCCGGUUUAAUGGAACAAUAUUUUUGCACAACUUUGACUAGAUGUAUUUUUAAGUGUCAAAAUGUUGUACAAUAUUUUUCGGUUGUCUUUUGUAUUUCUCAGGGAAUUAUAUUUUCAGUGCUUAAAAAAAUAAUUUUUAAUGCUUGUGUAUAUACAGUGUACAUACAUACUGUUCAGCCUGUGCCUGGAUUUAACUUUGUAAUAACUCUUUGUUUCCUGCAGUUGUUUGAAACUGAGCCAGCUAGUGAAUGGUUUGUCUGAAUUAUGGCUUUGGAAAUAAGUGAGAUACAAAACACUUCACAACAGAUAGAUAAUAUGUCUUUUAUACAAUCAAACAUCCCUUACAAAGACAUGCUGCUGCUUCAGCCAAAAAUGUAUAUAUUGUAAUUGUAAAUCCUCAAUAAUUUUUAUAUUUAUUAGAUAUAGACCUUGUAGAUCUUUUCUUUUUCCAGAUUACUUUUUUUAUUGUGAUUUUUUGGGGUUUGGAGGAGCAGCAUGAACUGUGUUGUAAAAAAAUGUUCUGUUUAAAUUUUUAUGUAAAUGUUGUAUGUUUCUUUUUCCAAUUAAGUUUUGUAUUUAUUACUUUUGUAUUUAAUUUCUUGAACAGUUGUGUAGUGUGUGUGUUUGUAUAUAAGAUGUACAUGUAUAUACUGUAUAUAGACUGUACACAGUUUUUUGAAAGUGUUCAUCAAUUCCUGCUGUACCUUCUGUUGACCUGAAUACAUGGUCUCCUGUACUUUAAAAAUGAAUCUAGCCGUUGAACAUAAAAUGGCUAAUAGAAGCCACUUCAGUACUGUACACAGACCAUUGGCUUCUAGCAUUUUCUAAGAGUUUAAUCUGUUUGGAUCACUUCAUAUGUGGCCAUAAUUCCAAAAACAUAAAUAUUAAAAUUGCAGUUUUACAGGAAACUUUUAAAUUAUUUCAAGGGGAUGUGACAAUAUAACCAUCCUAUUCAGAAUCGUAUCAUGGUAUGAAAAUUAAUAUUGGAAUUAAAAAUAACAGAUGCAUAUUUUUAUUGUUGGUCAGAAAUCCUACAAAUGCACUAAUUCAUUUAACCACUUUAUAAGACCCAGUGUUAAUGUAGCAAAUAAUUAUCAAUCUUUUUUUUUUUUGCACUGAUAGUAACUACUUUUGUAAACUGUUUUUAUCGUGCAAUACUGCUGUACAUAUUUGCAUUUUGUAUUUUUUCUGUUUAUAAGCAUCUGUAAUAAAAAAAAAAAAA